CAUGAGUCUCAUCUUGCUCGCAGUCGGAGUUCAACAUUCAUCAUCAUAUCAUAUGGAGUCUCUCCACCGAUGCUCUCUCCGUCUCCUCCCGAUUUCACUCGCUGAAAAAUGUUUUAAACCCACCACCCUCCCACCGAUAUUUCGUUUUACCCGAAUGCUCGUUCCAAAACCCGAGUUCAUGAACCCGAACCCCCACUUCACUGCCCGGAAAUCUCUCUCUUCCUCUCACACAGCCAAAGCGGGCUGGCUUCUGGGUAUGGGAGAAAAGAAGAAAACCAGCUUACCUGAUAUAGUUAAAGCGGGUGACCCGGUUCUGCACGAGCCCGCCCGGGAAGUUGACCCGAAGGAAAUUGGGUCGGAGAGGAUACAGAAGAUAAUUGAUGAUAUGGUUAAGGUUAUGAGAAUGGCUCCUGGUGUUGGUCUUGCUGCUCCUCAGAUUGGAAUCCCCUUGAGGAUCAUAGUUUUGGAAGAUACAGCAGAAUAUAUUGGUUAUGCACCCAAGAAUGAGACUAAAGCCCAAGACAGACGCCCUUUUGAUCUCUUGGUGAUCGUGAACCCAAAGCUUAAGAAGAAGAGCAAUAGGACCGCUUUCUUUUUUGAGGGGUGUCUGAGUGUUGAUGGGUUCAGAGCAAUUGUGGAGAGACAUCUUGAUGUUGAGGUUGAAGGUUUGAGUCGUGAUGGCCAGCCUAUCAAAGUGGAUGCUUCUGGUUGGCAGGCUCGUAUCCUACAGCACGAGUGUGAUCAUUUGGAAGGAACUCUUUAUGUUGACAAGAUGGUCCCAAGAACAUUCAGAACUGUGGAAAAUUUGGACUUACCUCUUGCUGAGGGUUGCCCAGAGCCUGGUUCUCGCUAGCUAGUGCUAGAGGUUAACCUUUAGUCUAAAAUCCAAUUUAUGGGACAUGGUGAAAUCAAUUAUCUGAUGCUUCCUGAUCAAUUUGAUUAUGUAGUAAUCAUAGCUUUAAAUUCUCUUUUUUGUCUUUUGUUCUUCUGGAAGAACUGCACAGAAAAAUAUGAUUAUUCGUUCUUCCAGCAUGUUCCAAAUGGUUUCUGCUGUUCAACGUUGAAUGUUGUUUCAGCUGAAAGUAAAUGGAAUUUUUUUUCUUGCUCUAAA